AUGGUUUCAAAACGGUGCCGUCUUCUCCGCUCAUCAAGUCAGGGUGAGACAGGGUUGUACACCCAUAUUCAGCCUCUUCAGCCGUCUGUGCCUCUGUGGGAACCGGCGCGGCAGAAAAGGCCUCAGAGGCCAAAAAUCAAACAGCUGGAGAAGCAGCCUCAGUCUCAGCCUCAGGAGAGUAUCUUUAGGUUGAAUUCGCCGACUGAGGAGGAAAGCGACUACGUCUUUAAGGAGCAGCCUGAUGAAGGGUUCAGAGCUUUCCUCAAGUGCUGUUCCUUGUGCAAGAAGCAACUCGCACGUGAUAAAGACGUCCACAUGUAUGGAUACCUAACUGCAUAUUGCUCCCCUGAAUGCCGAGACACUCAGAUGGCUUUGGACGGGUUUGACAAAAAAAUUGCUGCAGAUCGUGAAAUAAGAAAAAUGGAAGUUUUUGGCAAACCAAAUGCACCAUUGCACUGA